CAAGAUGGCAUCCUCCGAGCAAAAGCUGAGCCACAGCACACAAACCACAAUAUUACCCCUCAACAGGAGAUCUCUUUGCUCAUCUAUUUCAAUCUUAGGCCAGCAAAUCUCAUGGAGGACUGAGAAACCCCAGUUGCAAUGUCCUCAGUUGCAGACUGGAAAAUGGGGCUGAGAAGUAUUUGUAGAAAAUGGAUAUAUUUAUGCCUUGUUUCAUUCUUACUUGGUGCCACAGUAGAAACAAAGGUAGCAGAGGUGCUAGCAUCCUCAACUUCUUUGCCCCCAACAUCUACCACCACGCCUACCCCUCCCACCACCACCACACCAGCCCCUCCCACCACCACCACCACGCCUACCUCUCCCACCACUACCACACCAGCCCCUCCCACUACUACCACGCCUACCCCUCCCACCACGCCAGCUCCUCCCACUACCACCACCCCACAGCCACCCACCACCACACCAGCCCCUCCCACUACCACCACACCACAACCACCCACCACCACAAAGCCCCCAACAACCACGCCGGCGCCACCAACACCACCAGCAGCACCAGUCGUCGCCCCUAAACCACCCUCAUCACCACCCGUGCCGCCAGUGGCUACAACACCUGUGGUGGCCCCCACCCAACCGCCACCCAAAGCCACACCUGCAACACCACCAAUUUCAUCUCCUCCCACUAUAAGCCCAUCUAGUCCCCCACCCAUCGCCGCUCCACCUGUCUCCACACCACCAGCCGUACCCCCAGCUAUCCCUCCUCCUGUUCCUACGCCAGUGGCGCCACCCGUAGCGCCUCCGGCUCCGGCGCCUCCUCCGAAAGCACCGGCACCGGCACCAGCACCAGCACCACUAAAGCCUCCUCCUCCUGCUCCUGCUCCUGCACCAUCACCUUCACAUAAGAAACACCACCACCACCACCAUCACCACCACCACCACCACCACCACCAUCACCCGCCUCCUCCACCACUGAGCCCGCCGCCACCUCCGCUUGCUCGACAACCACCUUCAGCCGACGAUUUCUCUCCAGCACCAUCGCCUUCACGGAAUGGUGGAAUGAAAAGCUUCACAGUAAGUUUGGUGGCGAGCGUCUUGUUUCCUUCAUUUGUCAUGCUGUGGCUUUGAAUUUACACAAUGUUGAGGAAUUUUGCAAGGAUAGAAUUGAAAUACAAGCAAAUUAAUAAAAUCGGGUUUUCUGCAUAAACAUGCAAUCAAUCUGGCAGCUUCGUGCAUAUGCAGUUCCAUUGAUAUUCGUUUUGUAUCCUGGACAUUAUUAUAAGCAGGAGAGUUUAAAAUAAUACGAGAAGGAUUUUAUAAUUA